ACUCGCUGUCUGACCCCUCGGGGACACAUUCCUGCAUACAGAGGAAAAGCAGAGGCGCUGAUAGGCAGAGCAGUGGCGACGCUGAGGGAAGGAAGCGGCGGGAUGCGCAGUUUAUCAGCUGACAAGUGCGGCUCGGACAAAAGAGCAGCUGAGCGGCUGCUGAGCCUCCGCAUCCUUUAAGCGCGUGACUUUUCUGUGACAAAACACUCACUCGCGCACACGCACAUCCCGCAGAGGGGGAAGCAUGUUAUCAUCAGUGGUGUUUUCCUCCUGGAAGAAGACAACUGUAGCCUACUGCUGUUGGAAGUAUCCUGUGUGAGAGAGGAGGAGGAGAGGAAGAGGAAGAGGAGCCGCUGACUGGGAAGGAGACACGUUUUCCCCUUGUUUCCACACGGAGCUGGAAGCUGCAGCUCUCUGUCCACGACUGUUGCUCAACUGAGGGCUUUAGUGACACAUGCGUGUGUGACAGUGUGUCCAGCUGCACGUGCGGUGAUUGUCAGAGAGGAAGACGCGCGCGCUCUCCUGCUGCCCCGCUGCUGCUGCAGCAGCCUCCCGCAAGUUUGGACUAAAAAAACCACGCACCGCUGGAAGUUUAUGUGUCGCUGAGAGGCUUCGAACAGGUAGAGUGGGUGGAGGACUGAAUGGACUGAAGAAGUGACCCGCAAAGGUUCAGAAGAGGGGAGGGGAGUUUCAGGAGAAGGGAGUCGGUACAAGACAAGGAUUCACAACCAGAGGAGGAGGAGAAAGAAGUGGGUUGGAAGGGGGGGGAAAAAAAUAAUCCACUAGCGAGUGUCUUAGGAGAGCAACGGUGGUGAAGGGGAGGGAGGUGGAUACCCAGCAUGCGGGCAGCAUGGAACGGGUGAGGGAGCAGCGGCCUUUCUGCUCGCUGUCCAAGAACCAGAGAGACAGAGAGAGGGACUACGAGAGAGACCGGGACCGGGAGCGCCGCUACACUGCCUCCUCGACUGAGCAGGAGGAGGGAUCGUGCCGUGUGCCCACUCAGAAAUCCUACAGCUCCAGCGAGACGCUCCAGGCCUUUGACCAUGACCCGACGCGAAUGCUGUUUGGAGGCCGAGUCAAGGAGAUGGUGCACAAGGAAAGUGCAGAGUACAGCAGGCCAGGGCAGACAUUUUCACUGAGGCAGCUCGGGAUAUGUGAGCCCUCGUCUCGCAGAGGCCUGGCGCUGUGCCCUGAAACGGGCCUCUCUCACCCACUCAGCAGCUACUCCAGAGGACCGCUCGCCACCGAAAACCAUGAACCUGUAUCACCGGAACGUACCAUGACUCUUUGGGGAACGGGGGCCAAGUCUGGGCAGAAUUCAUGCCUCUCCAGCCGCUCUAACUCGGCGCUCACGCUCACUGACACGGAAAUGGACAAUAAAUCGGACAAUGAGAUGGGUGAUCAUCUGUCGAGUCCACAAGGCCCGCCACCGCUCCCGCCAGCCCCGCCCCCACACAAGCAGCAUCCGUCCAUCACGUCCUUGAGCCGCAGCUCACUGGCCAAUCAGAGGAUCCCGAGCCCGCCGCCCACAGCCGGCCUGGCGGCCGACUUGCAGAGUACGGCAGAAUGCGUCCAGCUGCAGGACAGCUGGGUCCUGGGCAGCAAUGUGGCCCUGGAGAGCAGGCACUUUCUUUUUAAAACGGGCACAGGGACGACACCUUUCUUCGGUGCAGCAGCCCCUGGUUACACCAUGGCAACAGGGACCGUCUACUCCACUCCAGCACGCCCUCUGCCCAGGAACAGCCUGUCCAGAGGGGCUUUCAAGUUCAAGAAGUCACCCAAACAUUGCUCCUGGAAGUGCACCGCCCUGAUUGCUGUGGGCAUAGCUGUGGUACUGUCCAUCAUUCUCUGCUACUGCAUAGCAAUGCACCUUUUCGGCCUCAACUGGCAGCUCCAAGAGUUGGACAACCAGCUGGCUUUUGAAAAUGGAGGAAUUGGGAAGAUGGGGCCCACUCAGUCGAGCACGGUGACAGCUCUGGCUGCUGAUGGAAGAACCCCGAUGCUUCAUCAGGAGAACAACUCCAUCGAUACGGGACAGGUCGACGUUGGGAAGAGGGUGGGCCAGAGCGUCCCACCGGGUGUGUUCUGGCGUUCUCAGCUCAACAUGGACCAACCGCGUUUUCUCAAGUUCAACAUCUCGGUACAGAAGAACGCACUGAUUGGAGUUUAUGGGCGCAAGGGUCUCGCUCCGUCUCACACUCAGUACGACUUUGUGGAGCUGUUGGACGGCAGCCGACUCAUCGCCAAGGAGCACAGGAGUCUGACCGAACCGGAGACGAGGGCGCGGCUGGAUCAUCCGGUCACCGUCCACCAAGCCGGAUUCAUCCAGUACCUAGAUUCGGGCGUGUGGCACCUGGCUUUUUAUAACGACGGGCGCAGCGUGGAGGCGGUGUCCUAUAACACCAUCAUACAAGAAUCUGUCAUGGAGUGCACUCACAACUGUUACGGAAAUGGAGAGUGUGUCGCGGGAUCCUGUCACUGCUUCCCAGGAUUCAUCGGGCCAUACUGUUCCAGAGCCUCCUGUCCAGUGCUUUGCAGCGGUAAUGGCCAGUACACCAGGGGGCGCUGUCAGUGCUACAGUGGCUGGAAGGGCACCGAGUGUGACGUCCCCGCCUCCCAGUGUAUCGAUCCACAGUGUGGGGGACAUGGACUCUGUGUAGCGGGCAACUGUGUGUGCAACACUGGCCACAAAGGAACCAACUGUGAACAAGUGGACUGCAUGGACCCGGCAUGCUCCGGGCACGGCGCCUGUCACCACGGUGAGUGUCACUGUAACCCAGGCUGGGGCGGGAUCAACUGCGAGAUCCUGAAGAGCACUUGUCCCGAGCAGUGCUCCAGUCACGGCACGUUCAGCACCGACUCUGGAACCUGCGUCUGCGAGGCCAACUGGACGGGAGCCGACUGCUCCAUAGAGGUGUGUGUGGUGGACUGUGGUCCCCACGGCUCAUGCAUCAGCGGCAUGUGUCAGUGUGAGGAAGGCUGGACAGGACCAGAAUGUGAGCAGAGGGACUGUCACCCACGCUGCAUCGACCACGGAAUCUGCCGAGAGGGCAAGUGUGACUGUCACCAAGGCUGGACGGGUGAACACUGCACCAUCGCCCUGGAUUCCAGAGUAUCAGGAGCAGUCAAGAUAGGAUAUAAAGACGGCUGCCCCGGACUGUGCAACAACAACGGGAGGUGCGUCCUGGAUCAGAAUGUGUGGCACUGCAUCUGCCAGUCAGGCUGGCGAGGGCUGGGAUGCGAUGUCGCCACAGAAACGCUCUGCUCAGACGGCAAAGAUAACGAGGGAGAUGGACUCGUCGAUUGCAUGGAUCCAGACUGCUGCACUCAAAUGUCCUGCCAGGGUCAGACCUACUGUCGCGGCUCACCUGACCCCACUGCCAUCGCAGGCCAGGGCCAGAGUUCGGCCGCCCAGCUCACGUCGAAGAGCUUUUAUGACCGUGUCAGUUUUUUGAUUGGUCCCAGCGGCAGUCACGUGAUACCCUGGGAUAAUCCGUUCAACAGCAGCCUGGCAUCCGUCAUCCGGGGUCAGGUCCUCACGGGAGAUGGGACGCCGCUGAUUGGAGUCAACGUGUCGUUCCUGCACUACCGGCAGUACGGCUACACGGUCACGCGGCAAGACGGCAUGUUUGACCUCUUGGCCAAUGGCGGCGCUUCUCUGACGCUGAGUUAUGAGCGCGCCCCGUUCCCCACGCUGUACCGCACCGUGUGGCUGCCCUGGAACGUCUUCCACGUGAUGGACACGGUGGUGAUGAAGCGGGAAGAGAACGAGAUCCCCAGCUGCUACCUGACCGGCUUGCUCAGACCCAACCCCAUUAUUGUGGCCACGCCCCUCUCCACGUUGUACAAGACCUCCCCCGAGGACAGUCCCAUCAUCCCUGAAACGCAGGUCCUUCAUGAGCAAGUGGCCAUACCAGGCAGCGACCUCAACCUGGUCUACCUGAGCUCCAGGGCAGCUGGCUACAAGCCCAUCCUCAAGGUGCUCCUGACCCCGGACCGUCUGCCCUUCGGCCUGAUGAAGGUGCACCUGAUGGUGGCCGUCAUGGGCCGUCAGUUCCAGAAGUCUUUCCCUGCUUUCCCUGACCUCUCCUACACCUUCAUCUGGGAUAAAACAGACGCCUACAACCAGAAGGUCUUUGGCCUGGCAGAGGCGAUGGUGUCGGUGGGGUACGAAUACGAGUCCUGCCUUGAUGUGGUGCUCUGGGAGAAGAGGACGGUGAUGUUGCAGGGCUUUGAACUGGAUGCCUCCAACAUGGGAGGAUGGAUGUUAGACAAACACCACAUACUGGAUAUCCAGAACGACACCGACUCCAGAUCCUCUCUGCCUCUUUUUGACUGA